AUGCUAAGCGUGUCUAUUGAACCGCUGACAUCACUCCGAGGCAUCGUCGGCGCCAGCCAAGGACCGCACGACAUGCAAGAACGUGGUUCCGGAGGCAGUAGGUACCUAUAUCAUCUGAAGCACUUCACUUAUUCAUUACACUCCACCAUCGCCACCGGAGUGCUCCUCCUUACGUCGGUGCAUGCAGCUCCAUCCACGCACCAGAAGGAUGCACAAGCUCCACUUCACCCUUCUCGAAUCCAAGCAGCAAAUGCAGUCGAGACAGGAGUCGGCCAUUUCAGCGAAUGGAGUCGAGCAACCAAGAAAGAAUUCCUCAUCGACUGGCAAGAGGGCAACAUCUCAGGAUGGACCAUCGUGCAAGGCAACGAGGGAGGCGAUCUGGAUUCUAUGAUCGCUGCUCUUACUUGGGCCUACCACCUCGAGCAUUCAACACAGAACACGUCCCACCCGAUCAAAGCUAUAGCAUUGCUACAAACUCCGACGGAUGCCCUCGAUCUCCGACCUGAGAACAAGCUGGCUUUGCGAAAUGCGAAGAUGAGCACUGGACAUUCGGAUCUUCUGACUCUGGACGAACUGCCUGAAGAUCCGGAAACUCUGGCCCGAGUUUUGAAGGGCAUCGUAAUUGUCGACCAUCCAAAACCAUUACGAAAAUGGGGCUCGGCACCAAUCCUCAGCAUCUUCGACCAUCAUCAAGACGCCGGCGCAGGAAAAGAUGCCCACCCGCGAGUCUUUGAGAAAGUGGCGAGCUGCACUACACUCGUAGCUCGCCAAAUGCUCAAUGAAUUAGAGCAACUUCCAGAAGAAUACCACCUCCCCCACGAAAUGCUGGAACUCAUCCUCGGCGCCAUCGCGAUCGACUCCGGAGGUCUUGAAGACGAAAACACCACCGACGAAGACAUCGAAACCGCAUCCCGCAUUCUGGCACGCAGUCGUUGGUCUGGCCGCAAACUCGACAAGGCCAUGCACGACCUCGACGAAAAAUUAAGUGACGCGAAAAAAGAUCUUGAUCAUCUAAACGUCCGAGAUCUCCUCCGUCGAGACUGGAAAGGAGACUAUGUCGACACCCCAUCCCCACGCACACCCACCGUCAUGCUGGGAUUCUCUUCGAUCCCUUAUUCCUUAGACGAGCAGAUCGCCAAGACAGAAUUCGAAGAACUUUUCGACUGGUUUGCCAUCGAAGCCGCAUGGACGGCUCAAGAAGGCACCGAUAUCAGCGUCGCACUCAACAAGUACAACGUGAAAGACAAGAAGACUGGAAAGAAACACAAAAUUCGAGAAAUCGUACUUGUGGUGAGAAGUGAUGUGAGGAUUGAUGAGGUACAGGCCGAUGCGCUUUUCCAAACUGUGAGUGAGGCGAUUGAGAAGGAACCGACGUUGAAGGCGAAAGCUUGGCAUCGAGCGAGGGAGUUGGGAAAGAGGCAGAUGGUGUGGAGGCAUGAGAGGGAGGAUGCGGGGAGGAAGGUUAUACGGCCGAUUAUUGAGAGGGCGGUGGAGAGUUGGGACUAGACUAGUUGUUCUAGAUAUAUCACAUAAAGCUCCCAUUUUUCCUC